AGUUGGAGACAAAGUUUAGAAGCGUUGAUAGUUUAACACCAAACUCAUUUUCAGGGGGUUUGGUGCUUUAGUGCGCCUGGUGUCGGGUCAUUCCAUAAAGACCCCUGUGACACGGCGUUUAUUUUUAUUUUUUUAAACUUAGGCUCAUAUUUAGUCCAAAUAAAAACAAAAGCUCGCUCGCUCUCCGUAAUGUUUCCGCACGUCGUCCGUGCCUCCGCGCCGCCUCUCAUUCAUCCGGCAGAGGAGAGGAGCCCGCGUCCUCGGACACAAUGAAGCAGUGUGUCCUUGUCCGAGACAAUGCAGCAAGAUGCGACCAGGGGACGAUACCGCUUCUCGCCACGUUCAGGGACGUUUUGCUCGAUUGCAGAGAGAGACCAGCUAAAGCAGCGCUGUCUUCCUCUGUGGUUUCUGAGAAAUGAGAAUGAAGCUUUAGCCUCUGCAUGACAAGCUAUGACCAGACCCUAGACGUCCAAUUACAAAGCCAGGACUCAAGAAUGAAGACCAAAUAUGCGAUUGUCUUCAUCUGCAUCGUGGCCCUGGUCAUCAUCGAAAAGGAAAGCAACAUCCUAUCAAGGGUCUCCGAUAAGCUCAUCCAGAGGCAGACCCCACCGCAGACCCCACAGACUCCACUGGAUUACAGCAACACGACACAAAAAGGCUCCCUGAUGGUGCUCAAAAUGUUGCUCUCUAAACUCACAGGCACGACAGGGAAUUACUCAAGUCUCUCUGAGGAGCAGGACGAGGAUGAACUAGAUGAUUUCAGCACGUUCAGCUACAGCGGCGGCCGUAAGCACAUACUACUCUUGGCCACCACACGAACGGGCUCCUCGUUUGUGGGGGAAUUUUUCAACCAGCACGGGGAGAACAUGUUCUACCUGUUUGAGCCUUUGUGGCACGUCGAGCGCAUGCUGACCAUGGCCACAGAGGCAAACAACGGCACGGUGCUGGCGGGCAUCUACCGGGAUGUUCUCCAGGGGCUCUUCCUGUGUGAUUUCUCUCCUCUUGAGAAGUUCAUCUCUCCCCCGCCUCAGGACCACGUCACCCCGGCUCUUUUCCGCAGAGAGUCGAGUUUAUCGCUCUGUGAAGAACCCGUCUGCACUCCUGUGAUCAAAGAUGUCUUUGAGAGGUAUCACUGUAAGACUCGUCGCUGUGGGCCGCUGAACUUGACCCUUGCGUCUGAAUCCUGCCUUUCCAAACAACAUCAUGCCAUUAAGACUGUCCGUGUGCGCCAGCUGGAAACACUGCAGCCUUUGUUGGAGGAUCCUCGCCUGGACGUGAGAGUGAUCCAGCUGGUCCGAGAUCCUCGGGCCAUCUUAGCGUCCCGCAUGGUGGCUUUCUCUUCCAAGUACCAGACGUGGAAGGCCUGGGCGCAGGACGGCCAGGUGCCUGAAGAUGACGAGGAAGUGAAGAGGCUCAAAGGAAACUGCGAUCACAUUAGGAUGUCUGCGGAGGUGGGACUGAGCCGACCUCGCUGGCUGAGGAACCGCUACAUGUUGGUGCGUUAUGAGGAUAUCGCCCGCUACCCCAUGCAGAAGGCGGAGGAGAUGUACAGGUUCACAGGGAUACCGUUUAGUCCCCAAGCGAGGGAGUGGAUUCUGAAGAACACCCAGACCACGCAGGAAGCUAGCGGGAUUUACUCCACCCAGAAGAACUCGUCAGAGCAGGCAGAGAAAUGGAGAUUCAGCAUUCCCUUUACGCUGGCUCAGGUAGUGCAGAGAGUGUGUGGACCCACCAUGAAGCUGUUUGGGUACAGAUUUGUGAAUGAUGAAAAGGCACUAAUCAACAAGUCCAUCAGCUUGCUUGAGGAGAAACUGUUUCAAUAAUGGAGAUGUCGAAAAUGUAGCUGUGAAUCCGCAAAACCCUGCACGCGAUGGACCGGAGCCGGGAGAAGCCAUUAUUGCACAGACCAAAACUAGUCAGCAAAGGUGCCAUAAAGGACAAAAUGUUUUAGUGGUGACAGUAAGAUUUGGGCCAUGCAGUAAUGUUCAUACUCACCAACCAUGUGCCUCAUUGUCCCCACGAUGAGCCACUCGAUAAAGAGAAGUAUUUAUUUGCAUACUGGUGUGGCCUGAUAUUUAAGCUUUUGUCACACUCUGUAUUUCAUUUGAAAUGAAAUAAGCAUAGAUGUCAAGCCCAACUUGUAAGAGUUUAUUGAUAGCUGUUUAGAUUUUCAGGGAUAAACUACAGUGAAAGCAACGUGUGUUUUGUUUGUGGGCCUGUGUCUGAACGAGAGGAUGUUUCUAUUCAUAAGGCUUUUGACGCUUGUGAUUACUUCUGGCUAGUUCAACCUGGUUUGUAGUUUGAUAGAUCUGCACUAGACAAGACAACCGAGUCACUUUGGAUUAGAACUGAUGUGUUUUUAUGGGGCUUUACAACAUACAUAUCAGACUCAGGUAAAGUGAAUGUGCAUUUUGUCGUGUCUUCAUGAAGACUGUCUAUGUCUUCCCAAAAGCAUGUGUGAAACUACAGAAUGAUCUUGGAUGUAUUUAACCAAAUGCCAUUUAAAGCAAUUAUCUUGUAAUGUAAUUCAGGAGUCGCUAUGGUGUACCUUUAAAAAAAGAUGCCAAUUAAGAUGGAUCUAGAAAUGAGUAGUCUAACGCUAUGGAAGAAUUAUUACUUCAGAUACCGAAACGUAUCUUUGCAAGUGUUACCAGUAGCCAUAAUAGUAAUGUAUUACCCAGUGCUGCCUGCUCACCUCUAAGUAAGUUUUACAAAAGCAGCUUCUCUGUUAAUUACCUGCAGCUCCUGUUAGCGGGCUCUGAAUCUCAACUGACCCACUGAUUUCUGACAAAUGUGUUCUCGGACACACAAGCAAAAUUCCCAUGUGGGGAGUUGCUUUAAUCACUUUCCAUUCCAAGGAAAUAAAAUCACCAGAAAUAUUAAGACCUGAAAAAAUACACCCUUUAAAGUUAUUAGUUGUGAGACUGAGAUUUGUGCACGUUGAUGGUUUUGGUGACAACUAAUACGAAUUUGUAACUGUCGCUUUAAGCGAAAGCCAGGUGCUGCUGCGUUAACUGUCACUCUUGAUGGUAUAUAAAGGUAUCCGCUGUGACCAGUUCAAUGGCAGCAUUGUGUCCAGCUUGGCGGAGGCACCGCUGAAACUGCCGUGCUGCUAAUGAAAAGGGAUAUGCAUUAGAGGUGCAUAUAGUAGUGGGCUUAUACUGACGUAUAGUUUAGAGUAUGAAUAUGAAUGAAUUACAACUGGCAGGCCUCGAGUGGCCCAGACUGACUACUUAAGUAUUUAAGGAAUACUGUGAAAUAGCAAGUCUAGCUGAAAGAAAGGGUGUAGUCAGUUUAUGCAUAUAUCCAGAGUGGCAAUAAUCAUCAGGAGCAAUACAGUUUUAUUCAUCCGUCACAAAGAUGUAUGUUCGGCUGUAAAAAACUGGUGUUUCAAGCUUCCUAGAUCUGAUGCUAUUGUCAACUUAAAUUUAAUGUUUUCACUGUUUUUUAUGAGUUUUGGAGCGAGUCCAAGUCUCAGUUCCUCAGUUCCAAGUCAAAGUAUAGUCACAGCUCUUCAUCAGCUGAUUACAAGUUUUGAUUGUCUUUCUUCCACAGCUUUUACUACCAAAACCUGACACAUUAAUAUUUUGCUUGUAAGGAAUGAGUCAAGUCUUCAGGGAAUCAAGUCUUUAGUCCUCUUUUUUUCUGAUUUAAAUCUUGAAUACGGGUCUGCAGCACGAAGUUCAUUUUGCUAAAAUAAAUGCAGCGCUUCUGUGUCACUUGCAUAUAGUAGGGUUCAAAUAAUUGAGCUCUCAAAAUAAUAUGCCACAUUCAGGUCAGGUCAGAUUCUGCUGAGAGUGCUGUAUUUAGCCACGUUUCGCCGAAACAAUUAGUGCUUGGAACAAAUUGAGCAUACAGAUAGACAGCGGAGAACUUGAUUAUGCUACAGGAGUGCUUAUGAGAAUUCCUUUCUGAGAUUUUAAUACUUCGUUGUGGUGUGAAAACUUGAGAUGAAUUCAAGCUGACAACAGCUGCGGCUCUCUGCGAAGAAGCACACUUCAGUGUUUUUAAGACAUUUUUUUAAGACUGCCAGGUGUUUUCAGAGGAAAAUCACUUUAAAGGACCAGUGUAUAAUAUUUAGGGGCAUCUAUUGGUGGAAUAUGGCAGAAAUGGGAUGGGUAACAUUUCAUUUGUGUAGAAUCAAAAUAAGAGUCAUUGUGUUUUCAUCAAAUGAGCUCUUUAUAUCUGCAGAAGGAGCAGGUUCCUUCCACUGUGUUGCAUGACAUGUUUCUACAGUAGCCCAGAAGGGACGAGGCGAGGGGUAUUCGGUUGGUUGCAAUCUGCAACCUCAUUGCUAGACGCCCCUAAAUCCUACACACUGGUCCUUUAAAGGACUGACUCUCAUUGACGCUGUGGGUAACGGUUUCAUAGGUUGUCAGUGCUGUCAGUGACUUGCUUUGUUUACCGUUAAAACUUUCCUUUUUCCAUAUUUGGUUAUUCUUGUAGAGGAAACCAGGGGCCAAAGCACAGAUUAUGCUUAAACAACUAGAAAUGUAUCACACAGAUGUAACCGUUGAAGUAAUUAAAAUCAUUCUUUUGUUGUUAAAUGGUGCUUUGAAGCUUUGAUGCCAUCAGUAGUUUAUUUAAUGUGUCUAAUCUGUCAAAUAUAAAAUGAUCACCAUGUUACAGUAUCUGGAAAUACACCGGUAGUGGUACUUCCUUAAGGUUUUCCAGCAGUGUGACACUGGAAUGUGUAGAGGCUGAGGACGACAUGGAUAACAUGGGGAUUAAUGCCGGAUUGUUUACUCAGUUGCAUUCAGUCCGGCUUCACAUCCACAUGCAUGCUGUUGCCAGGGAUCCUCAAAAGGCUGAGUGGGAAUAAGCAGAGAGAAAAGGCAGAAACAGGGAGCCCAUUCAAGUCUGCAUUCUUCUGUCGGUUUCACGGCCCAGCUGAUAGAAAGCACUUCGGAGCUCACAGCUGUUGGUCAAGCUGACUCUACCCCGGAUCAUUCUCCUGAUGCUGAUUAUUCCCACAGCAGCAUAGCAGAUGCUCCCAUCCUGCAAAAGAGGAAAAGUCUGGUUGAUAAGCUACUGAAGAGUGAGGUCUGGUCCAGUUUCCAGAGUGUCAUUUUAAACCACUGGCUGUGCUGUCGAGCAGUGAGUUUCAUGACUAGGUCCCUGAGGUUCGUUUUUGAGUGCUUUACUAGCACGUGCACAAAGGUGCACAUGCACACUUUGAACUGAAACUGAUGGGAUACAUGACACUCACUUCUGUUGAUUGCAAAUGUGUAGGUGCAUGAACAGUUUGUGGAUGCAAGAACAGGGCACAACAUGAAAGUGAGAGAGACACAGUAGCCCUAUACUGGAGGAACUGCAUCUCGAUAAAUAGCAGUGCACCAAAACAUAAGAAGAAGACAGCGAGCUUAUGGGAACAGCACACAUUUCAAAAGAGUUUUGAAAGGCUUUGUGAAUGUUUUGAGCUAUCAGAUGUUUAAACAGGAACAUGUUUGUUGGGCCCUGAGGGUAUGAAUAUUUUUGUGAAAAAGAACUGGUGACAGGAACUGAGCUUAUCCCUCACAUACAGUCGCAUAAUA